AUGGAAGGCUACAACGUUAGAGGAUAUUUUUUUCCUCCAAAGAUGAAGCUAUUUGUGAUUGUGUGGGCGAUGGGAAGGGAUGAGAACAUUUUGGAAGAUCCUCAUCUGUUCAAACCCAAGCGGUUUAUGGGCAGUAAUAAGGAUGUGAGAGGUCAGGACUUUGAUUUACUGUCGUUCGGAACAGGAAGAAGAGGAUGGCUUGGGAUUUUAAUGGGUGUUUCCAUUGUUGAGUUGGCACUUGCUCAACUUCCUCAUUGUUUUGACUGGAGUGUGGAGGAUGAGGUGGAUGUGGAGGAAGAGUUUGGAUUAGCUGUUCCCAAAAAAAAAAUCCACUAUUUGUCCGCAAUUCAUGGAGGCUCACAACUGAAUAUCCUUUUCAAGAGGGUGUUGUUUGAUAGGUGUCUUUCCAUGGCUAUCAAAUAUCUUGCAACGCAUUUUGUACAUCACAUAGUCAAUGGCUCAUCAAUCUCCGAAUUCAUUUAA